AUGCCGUUUCUGGGCUCGAAGCAAGCCUUGAGAUUCAAAGGUAAGAAGCUAGAAUCAUUUCUCACUCAUUUCGAAAGGAUGGCAAAGCGCGCCGGCAUCAAGGAGCAAGAGUUACCCUUUGGAGUGCUGAACUAUUGCUCUACGUCGGAAAUGAGGCUGUAUUGCGCAGAUAAAGGUAAUGAUCGGGUGACUGUAGUCGGCUUGCGACAAUUCUCAGACAAGAUGAGGCGGGAGAAGAAGGUGCGUACUCGUCGUGCGGUGAAUAAAUAUGCAAUCGCAUUUGGUAAGAAGAUGGGCGACUUGGUGCCACGAGCGCUGAUGUCAGAGUCGGAGCGUGAUGUGCUAUUUUUCAGUACGGAGAACCUCGAUUAUGAUCCAGAGUCUGAAGAGGAGGAGUCGGAUAGCUCCGAUGAUGAUGAAGGUAGUCGUCGUAAGGGCAAAAAGAAGAAAGCUAGGGUGUAUACUCUGGAUCCUACAGCAGUCGCGCUCGAGUCGGUCACACAUCUAUCGGAACAGAUUAGAUGGCUGUCCUUAGCCAUCGAACAAGGGAGAGUUUCUCGAAAGGUGGCAGGUCCUAUUGGGGAUGUGAGAUGCCCUCAAACAUUGGGCUUACUGCGAGAUGGUGUCGUCAAAUUCGCGCCGGAUAGAGGCCAACUGGUGCGUGCCCAUGGGUCGCCCCUUCUUCAAGCGAAAGGAAUCAUACACAGUACCUUGUUGACAUGA